GGGGCGGCGGGCGGCGGGAGCCGGGCAGGACCUGCAGGACCCGCGCGGCUGCGGCAGGAGCGCCUCGGGCGCGGGGAGCUGGUAACUCCUGCCCCUUCUGGAUACCCAUAAUUAAACUCCACACCUCUGCAUCUGUGGAGAAGACACCUCCGAACAAUUCUGUGACAACCAAAGAGCAGAUUUUCCUAGGAUGGAAAACAGAAAAGAUAUCACAAACCAAGAGGAACUCUGUGAAAUGAAGGCAAGGGAGAAGAUGGAAGAACAUGAUCACUUGACAAAGGACUCCAGAGAUAGCAACAGCCCAAAGACACCUGACCUGUUUCAUUUACAUCAAAUGACUGGCUUCGAUGGCUUUGAGUGCCCUGUAGGCCUAAAGCACAGACAGGAGUUCUUUCCACAAUGGCGGCUGCCCAUCAAGAUGGCAGCCAUCAUAGCCCUCCUAACCUUCCUUUAUACUUGCCUGAGGGACGUCAUCCACCCCUUUGUAAUGACUGGAGCGCACUUUUUCUAUAAGAUUCCAAUCCUGGUCAUCAACAAAGUUUUGCCAGUGGUCUCCAUCACUCUCUUGGCUCUGGUUUAUUUGCCCGGAAUCAUCGCAGCGGCUUUCCAGCUUCGUAACGGAACCAAGUAUAAGAGAUUUCCAGAUUGGUUGAACAAGUGGAUGCUGGCAAGGAAGCAGUUUGGACUUCUCAGUUUCUUUUUUGCCUCACUGCACGCUAUUUACAGUUUAUCCUAUCCGAUGAGGAGGUCGUACAGAUACAAACUGCUAAACUGGGCCUAUAAACAGGUCCAACAGAAUAAAGAAGAUGCUUGGGUGGAGCAUGAUGUUUGGAGAAUGGAAAUUUAUGUAUCUCUAGGAAUUGUGGGGCUUGCUUUGUUGGCCCUAUUGGCAGUGACCUCCAUUCCAUCCGUCAGCAACUCCCUGACCUGGAGAGAAUUUCACUAUAUUCAGUGCUGAAUAAAUGCCAACUGGAUCCAUUCCUAUAAGAGUUCAUCAGAAAUACAGUCAUCCAGAAUAACUGAACAUUCCACUAUCAGGAAGCUGCAGUUGUCGAGGUCAAGUAGUGUUUCAAAAGAAGGGAGAGGUGAAGGAAAGAUUGAAAAAAGGAAGGAAAAUAGGAGAAAUGAGAGCACGCUACAUUGGAAAAAGGACUGACUCUAGAGAGAACCUAUAUUUGAACCUGGGCUCAUCAAUUACCACCAUUGGGAAAGUCCCUUAAUUUUGCCUCGUUUCAGUUUUCUCAUCAAUAAAAUAAAGGGAUAGAACCAGUUGGCUUCUGAGGUCCCUUCCAAGUAUAUUCCAAGUAUACAUGUGAACUGUAUGAGGAAGUCUUCAAAUAGAGCUGAACAACCUCGGUCUGCCUUUUUGUAAGAGCCCUGCAGAAAAAUUGGGUCCAAAUUUUGUGAUACUGGACAAAUUAUUUGUCUUCAUCUGUAAAAAUUUUUUAUCCCUGAAUAAAUAAAUGUCACAUGAACUCAUUAUCCUGCCUGAUAAAUAAGUGAUUAAAAAAGACUAAGUCAUCCAAAGGAAUGGAACAUUUCACUGUUGGGUUCCUACAAAGUUUUAGAGAUCAAGAAAUGGUUAAAAAAAAAAAGGAGGGAAAGACAGAAAAUUAUACUAGUAUUCUAGUUUAUGUCUAAAGUCUCUUUUAUCCUAGUAACAUUUUAUAAUUGUAUAAUUCAGAUAAAACUAAAACAUCCUUUUAAAGAUUAAGCUAUGUGUCUUGGUCACUGUUGAAUGACAUUUUUAGUUUUCAUCUGGAUCCUAAAUUCACAUAGGAUUGUCGAGCUAAAAGGAAUUUUAGGCCUAAUCUAAUCCAUUUUAUCAGUGAUGAAACUGAGGACUACUGAACCAAUUUGUCCAAGAUCAUCCAGUUGGUUGAUAGUAGAGUAAGCUUCAAAAACUAGUCUCCCGGCUCCAAAAAGAGUGUUCUUUCUACUCUGUGAUGGUGGGACUGGCUAUGAAGAUGUCUGUCAAGCUGACAUCUUUAUUCCAUCAGCAAAAUGACAAGAACACAACAAACUUGAUUGCUGUGACUGUCUCCAGCAUUGAUUCAGAUCAGGAUAGCCAAACUGAUCUUGAUUGAUUAAUCUUCCACCUGAGCAGCUGGAAGCAGGAGAUAACUCACUAUACGGGGUAAUUUGAAACCAAACUGGAUUCUCUCCCACCCAAACCCUUAUAGUUCCUGAGAUUUCACUCCUGGUGAUCUUUAAAAAGUUUUUGGUAUAUAGGAAGUCUCUGUUAAAAUGAAAUUAUCUCCAGAAAAAACAUGCUCAGUUAUACCUAUAUUGGAAACUGAAUAUUCUUUGAAACUGGCACAGAUUUCCAAAUUGUGGACAUUUGUGGCAAAUGAGAUCUGUUGUACCCUUCUUGAAUAAAAGGGCCUUUUAAGAAAUAUAACAUUUUUCCUCAGCCAGUAAUUUUCCAAGUCCUCCCUGCAAUAUUAUGAUUUCCUUCAUUUUGAAAGUCCUGUAAGUACUUUAUACCUCUUAGAUACAUUGUCAUUUCUAGCAGUAUAAAAUUUCUCAACCAAAAUGACUUUACUUUAAAAAGUAAAAUUAAGAGAAUUCACUAAUCUUUAAUAAAAAUUUAUUAAGAUAUGAGAAGCUUCAACAAACAUCAAUGAAGGGGCCUCUAUUUGCAGAGCACUGUGCUAAGCAUUUGGAAAAGAUACAAAGAUAACAAGGUCUCUGACUCAUAAUCUGAGUUCUUAAUAAAUGACCAGAUAUGUACACAAGUCAUUAAAAACUGUUCAAUGGCUAUCUAUUCUGGUACCAAUAAUGAGUUUUUUUGUGCUAUACCUUGAUUUAUGGCAAUAAUGAAAGGUAAGUUCAAUUCCUCUAUGUUUGACCAUUAAUGAUUAACUAUCAUUGUACCUAUUUUUGCUGGACUAAUUUUUUUCCCCCUCUUCCC